AUGGUUAGGAAGACGAUGGUGCUGAGCACGGAGUGGGCGCAGGUGGAAGUGGUUGAGCUUACGAACGACGGGAAUGGUUUAGGGUUUAACCUAGUGGGGGGACGUAGCACGGGUGUCGUGAUUAAAUACGUGCUUCCUGGUGGAAUCGCUGACAAGGACGGACGACUGCAGAGUGGCGAUCACGUACUUCAAGUUGGUUCGAUUAACCUUCGUGGCUUCACGUCGGAGCAGGUAGCCGCAGUGCUGCGUCAGACGGGCCCUACAGUGCGCCUGUUGGUGGCGCGGCCUGCAGAUCCCGCCGCGGCCCUCCGAGCUCCAAUUCCUGGCACUGCACUCGUACCCACUAAACUCUUAGCUGAUCCCGAACUACUCGAUCGUCACCUCAUCGAAGCAGGUUACGGAGCAGUCUAUGAUUUAUCUCAGUGUUACAGUGACUACAUCAAUGGACAAAAUGUAGAGAUUGAAAAUUUAGCCUUAGUGGCAGCGGUCAGUGUUAUUGGUGAAAAUCCUCAACAGAUUCCAGACCACCCAAUUGUUGCUGAUACUCUUUCCCCAACAAUAACGAUAACAGUCCCAGUGGAGUUACCGACACCUCCAGAAGUGGAAAUAGUUCAUGUGGACUUAAAUAAGAAUGUGUAUGGUUUAGGUAUAACAGUGGCUGGAUAUGUGUGUGAAAAAGAAGAACUAUCUGGAAUCUUUGUUAAAAGUAUAAUUGAAGGUAGCAGUGCUGAACAGAGUGGUCAGAUAAGGUUAAAUGAUAGAAUUAUUGAGGUUGAUGGUGUCUCUCUAGCAGAUAAAAGUAAUCCUCAGGCUGUGGAGAUAUUAAGAAAUACUGGUAUAUCAGUGCAUUUAGUUUUAGAAAGGUAUUUGAGAGGUCCAAAGUAUGAGCACUUACAACUAGCUAUAUUUAAUGAAGAACGACCUGCUUCACCUUCUCCUUCUGCUACUACCCUGACCUGGUUCCCAGUGCCUUCCCAAGCAGAAGAUAUCAGUACUACAGAAAUCGAGCCCGAACCUGAAUCAAAUACUACUAUAGAUUCUGGUGUCUUAGAGGUUGGUGAAUGUGACACCAAUGAUCCUACCCAGGAAGAAUUAGAUGCAAAAUUUGAUGCAAUUCUAGCUGUAAGUGAAGAGGAAAUAAAAAGUAGGUGGGAAGAAGAGAUUGGUCCUGGCAAAGAUAUUAUUGUGGCAGAGGUUCAUAAACUAUCGGGCUUAGGAAUCAGUUUAGAAGGAACUGUUGAUGUUGAGGGAGGCCAGGAAGUGAGACCUCACCACUAUAUCAGAUCUGUUCUGCCAGAAGGCCCCAUUGGACAACAAGGCACACUUGCAGCAGGUGAUGAACUUCUCGAAGUAAACGAACACAGGUUACACGGACUUACACACACUGAAGUGGUUAAUAUACUAAAGCAACUCCCAAAUAGGGUACGCCUUGUUUGUGCAAGAAGUAGCACAGACAGUGGACCUCGGCCUGUUGUCAACCUAUCUCAAGAUCGAGAAGGCUUUGAAGCACGAAAGAUCAUAUCUGGUAGCUUAAAUAAUUUGACUACUAUCGUCAAAGCUCAAUCAGAUACAUCCAUCAAUACAUCUAGUACCGCAACACUCACUAACCAGUCUAAUCAAUCAAAGAAGUCUAAAUCUCUAGAGUGUGUGUCAGGCCUAGCCAUGUGGCAGAGUAAAGAAGACAUCGUAGAGCUGGUGAAGGGAGAUCAAGGGCUUGGAUUUUCUAUACUAGACUACCAAGACCCUAUUGAUCCUAAUGGUACCGUUAUUGUAGUUCGGAGUUUAGUCCCUGGAGGUGUGGCAGAAAAAGAUGGUCAAAUAUCACCUGGAGAUAGAGUGAUGUCUGUUAACGGAUCAAGUAUCAAGAAUGCUACCCUGGACCAAGCGGUUCAGGCUUUGAAAGGAGCUCCGAGGGGAGUUGUACGAGUCGGCAUCGCUAGACCACUCCCAUCCUGUGACUCCUCAAAAUCAAAGAGCACAAGCACUCUCAACAUCAAACCCAGUUAA